AUGGCACAAAUUCUCUUCAGAGACCAUACUAGUACGCACGUAUUCGGUGGCGUAACGGUUGACGACGUAGUGUGUGGAUCGGUCGUCUCUUGUGACGUAUGUUCGUUAUCAGUAACAGAAAGUCUCGUCAUUCCACUAAACGGGGCUAACAUUGAAUCAGUACUUCGUACUUAUGACGUUGUGUUUGUGAACUUUUACGCCGAUUGGUGUCGGUUUUCACAGCAUUUGAUGCCAUUAUUUGAAGAAGCUAGUAAUCGAUUCAAGGAUCGAGGAAAUGCGAUUGCUUGGGCUACUGUAGACUGUGACAGAGAAGCUGAUAUUGCGCAAAAAUAUCAUGUAAGCAAAUAUCCAACACUGAAAGUGUUUCGCGGCGGCGAACUGGUUAAGAAGGAAUACAGAGGACAGCGAUCUGUGGAUGCUUUAGCAGUCUUUAUUGAGAAGCAGUUGGUUCCUGGUAUGCAAAAUUUUUCAUCAAAUGCUGAACUAGAUAGCCUAAUCAACCCGAAGAAACUUAACAUCAUAGCUUAUUUCGAUCAGACAACUGGUCCAGAAUUCGAUAAUUAUUGCAAAGUUGCGUCGCUGCUUCGAGAUGAUUGUGUAUUUUGGCUCGGUACAGGUGAAGUGUUUCGGUCUGAAGUAGCAAAGGGCAACAGACUUGAAUUUAGACCUUUAAAUAGCAACGAGAGGGUUGAAUAUACUGGAGGACUUGCAAAUCUUGAAACUUUAAAGCAGUGGAUAGUAGAUAAAUGUGUGCCGCUCGUUCGUGAAAUAACUUUUGAAAAUGCUGAAGAAUUGACAGAAGAGGGUCUUCCCUUUCUUAUUCUCUUUCGCCAUCCAGAUGAUGUACAAAUUGACAGAGUUUUCACGGAACAAGUUGCUCGUGAACUUUUUGACCAGAAAUCUAGUAUUAAUUGUUUAUAUGCCGAUGGUAAGAAAUUUGUGCAUCCUCUGCAACAUCUUGGUAAAACGAUGGAAGAUUUACCUAUUCUUGCAAUAGAUUCCUUCCGUCAUAUGUAUCUUUUUCCGGACAUGAAAUCAUUAACUGUACCAGGAAAAUUGCGUCAGUUUAUUUUGGAUUUACAUUCGGGGAAAUUACACCGAGAGUUUCAUCAUGGUCCUGACCCGACGCAAGCUCCUCCGUCACCACCAUCAUCUGAGAAUGCACUUGAGAAGGGAACGAAAGGUACAGACAAAUUGCAACCACCAACGAGUAUAUUCAAGCAGUUGAAACCAUCGGAAACACGUUAUUCGUUGUUGUACAAGGAUGAAUUAUGA